UCCACUCGCCUGCACUCUUCUUGGAUUCUCUUGAGACAAUUUUUCAUUGUUCCUUUGAUUCCAGACAGUUGCUGCAGAUAUGCACAUAAGAUCCAUGUAGAAAGGAAUCUAAAUAUGAAUGUGUCCAUUUACCAAGAGAACCAUUUAUAUCACAAUGACCAUUCCAUGGAUUGACCAAUCAUCUCCAAGCUUUCAAAACGUAGAACCAGUUUGUGGUGAACCAGUGGAGAAAGAGGAGAUAACUCCACCAAAUACAGAGAGUUGUCGACCCGAAUUCUCCAACAUCCACCCCGAGAGAAACUUAGAUCCACCUGUGAGUUUGAAAGACUUGGAAGGGGAGAUAAGCUCUUCCUUCCAAAACUUGCCUCUGUUUUCUUGUUAUUCGAAAACUGACAGACAUCAAAUAUAUCCUGAACCAAUCUUUACAAAUCAUUUAAGGAGGAGACAGCUAGUUGUUAAGGCUCAUUUACAAAGAAGUGGAAAUUCUUACGAAAUUCUGACUUGUUCUUCGUUUGAGUUGUUUAAGACGUUUGAAUUAAGAGAAUUAUUGUCAGAAAGUCAGAGGCAAAUUUUAUUGAUCACAGAGAAAUUGUCGUUGAGAAAAUCUAUUUCACGUUUAAGAUUCUCCAGAUUUGCUUUAUUUGCUUCCUUUGCAUUGUUGUGCCUGCUAGCCAUAGACGCAGAAAACUCGUAUCGUAAACAAAAUAAUUGUUCUAAGAGAAUUGUUCCCGUAAAGGUUUUCUCGGAAACGUACUGUCUGCCUGGGAUAACUGGGUCACUUAUCAGAAAGAGGCUACAAGAGAAGGAGGUUUGGAUUAAUCCAAAGCGAGAUUCCCGUACUGUAGGAAAACACAGGUGUCACUGCACAAAGAACUCGUUUUUUACCAGUCACCACAAUACAAGUGACAAUUAUAAUUUGUUAUACCCUGUUCCACAAAAUCAGCUUUAGGAAUUCUUGUCCUUAAUUAUAUGUAAAUGGCUUUGCUUUGAAAGUGCAUUGUAAUUUUAUGGGGAACAAACAAAAAUGACUUGUGAAUUGCGAGGAUGGAAGAAGCACUGAUUCAUAAUUUAGAAAGCCUCCAUAUUUCUGACCCUGAUCUGAUAAAGCUGUGUAACAGCGAGCUGAUUCGUCUCUACACAUUCAGAAACUGGCCCGCCGAGGUCUUUGUCAUCAGACUCGCCGAGGCUGGAUUUUUUUACUCUGGCGAGGGAGACAGAGUGAAGUGCUUUUUCUGUCGCGUAGAAAAAGAAAACUGGUCCCCAGGCGAUCAGCCUAGCCUGGUUCACCAAAAGCUGAACGCUAACUGUCCAUUGUUGUCAAACUCUGCACAAACUAACAAUAUUCCCGUUUAUAGCAAUUUAGUGGAAGAACCACUUCCUUCGUGUUUCAAUAAGAUAAUUCACUUGCUCAGCGAGAGCCACGUGGAGCGAGAUAGAGAUCGUGUCCCAGAAUUCUCAGGAGAUCGACCAAUCAUGAGUCACGUCUCGGAUUCGUCACCCAGAUCCAGUGGUUUAACGAGAAGCAGAUCCAGAGAUUCCUCACUGGGGUCAACUGGAUCCCAGGAAAACCGGGGAGGUAGAGGGAACAGCCAGGAAAACCGGGGAGGUAGAGGGAACAGCCAGGAGGGAGGGUCAGUGGAACAGCCUCCUCAGAGAUUCAGCUUGGGAUUGUCAGGUCCUCAGGCUGCCACACCCAGUCUCCCCCAGACCCUGAGUGGGGGAAUUCCCUCUUCCCAGAACGAGGCUACCUCCACACAACCUCAAUCACUAGAGGGCGACCCCAGCUUCCUGCGUUAUGAGAGAAAUCGUCUGGAAACAUUCAGGAAUUUCCCAGCCUCAGCCCAUGUUCUCCCUAGAGAUUUAGCUAGCUCAGGAUUUAUAUACACAGGUACGGGAGACCGAGUACAGUGUGUUUUUUGUCGUGGAAUUCUCCGCGACUGGGACGUCGGCGACAAACCACACAUCGAGCACAAAAACAAAUUUCCCCGCUGUCCGUUUCUCUUGGGGGUGGACGUCGGAAAUGUCCGAAUGACCCCAGCCCAGCCAGCCCAGAGGGUCAACGUGGGGGGAAAUCUAAACAAUGCACCCCUGGGUAACAUGGAGGCCCUCGGGAUUAACACUGACCGCCCCCGACACGGAAACUUCGCAGUGGAAAGCACACGUUUGUCUUCAUUCAAUAACUGGCCUCAGUACAAGCAUCAGACGCCCCCACAACUGGCCGCCGCUGGCUUCUUUUAUGCAGGGUUUGGAGAUAAUGUGAAGUGUUUUUAUUGCGAUGGCGGACUACGUAACUGGGAACCCGGUGAUGAACCCUGGGUAGAGCACGCUCGCUGGUUCCCCCGAUGUUCGUUCGUUCGCACUGUGAAGGGAGACCAGUUUAUACGCAAUGUGCAGGAAAGAUUUAAUCGACCCCAGACUACUUCUGGUCAUCAAGUAGAAGCCAGAGAAAUCCGAGCUCGCAUGGAACUGCCAAUGGUUCGAGCAGUUUUAGAAACAGGAGUUGAUCGCAAUAGUGUGAUGCAGGUCAUAGAAAGAAGACUGAGGGAAACAGGAGAUGACUACCCCUCGGCUGAGGCCCUACUGAAUGCUGUCCUAACUCUGGAGGAGGAGCCUGAGGUCCUCAAUGUCGCCUCCCAGGAACCUGUCCUCCCCGAGUACACCCGCACUCCACCCCGGGCACCAACACCCAGUGAUACCAGUCAGUCCUCUGGUAAUACAGAGGAGCCCUCAUCCUCCACUGGCGGAUCAAAAGACCUGGUGGAGGAGAAUCGCCUCCUUAGGGAGCAGAAGACGUGUAAGAUCUGUCUGGACGCUGAGGUGGGGAUGGUGUUUCUCCCGUGCGGUCACCUCUGCUGCUGUGUGAUGUGUGCCCCCGCUGUCAGGCAGUGUCCUAUAUGUAGGGCCGAGAUCAGGGGCACAGUCAGGACAUUUAUUCCGUAAUUCUGUACUGAGUUGACAUGUGUCCCUGCUGUCAGGCAGUGCCCCAUAUGUAGAGCAGAGAUAAGGAGCACAGUCAGGACAUUUAUUCCAUAAUUCUGUACUUAAGUGACGUAUGUUCCCGCUGCCAGGCAGUGCCCUAUAUGUAGGGCCGAGAUCAGGGGCACAGUCAGGACAUUUAUUCCGUAAUUCUGAAUAGCAGAGACCAAAAGCAUGACAGUUCACUUAAAUAAAGGAGAUAUAAAAACUUUAUCAAAAUGUGCAAUAUUUUGUUAACAAUGGACACCCCCUCAGAAAGUAAAAUUGAAAUUAACCAUGUCUAUGUAAUAUUUAUGCCCCUCCAUGAAUAUGGGACAUAUAGUGUUUGUCCUGAUUGUGUUCCAUCCUUCCAUUGUGCUUUGUGUUUAGCUCAAUUUCAAUGAAACUAUUCAAGAUAUUGUUAUCAAGCUUCAUAUGUUGAUGCAUACUGAUGAGAGCAACUCAGUUUCAUCAACUUUUUUUUUACCUUGACCUUUCCUAUCACCUAAACCUUACUUUUUUUAAAAAAGUUUUUUUUUUCAGUUUUAAGGAACUCUUUCAGAAUAUUUUUAUCAAACUUCAUAUGGUGAAACAUACUGAUGAGAGCUUUUCAUCUGCAUCAACAAAUUUUGAUUUUGAUUUUUUUUUACCUCACUUUGUUCAACUCUUUUUAAAGAAACCAGUCAUAAUAUUUAUUCAAACUUCAAAUGCUGAUUCAUACGAAUGUUAGCUUCAUCAACAUUUAUUUUCCUUUAACCUUAUCUCACUGUUUAGCUCUGUUUUGAAUAAGCCAUAAUACAAAAUAUUUUUAUUAAACUUUUUAAGUAUGCUGAUACACAUUUAUGAAAACUAUUCAACUGCAUCAAAAAGUUUGACCUUGGCCUUUUCUAUGACCUUGACUUUGAUCUUAUUUUUCCAAAAUUUACAUUUUGCUUAUAUUUAGUUUUAAAGAAACUGUUAAAUAUCAAAUUUAAUGAAAUUUUUCAUGAUAGUCUCAUCAAAUUUCAUACACUAUACAGAAUUUCAUUACUAGUAUCCCCU